ACCACGAAAUUUACUAUAUGUACUUAUAUGUCGUACCGGUUAGGAGAGUGUUAUCAAUGCGGAAGAGUAUUGUAGUUUUGUGGUAGUUGUAUAAGCAAAUAUUGUGUGGUGUUCUCUGUGGUGUUAAACGGUACAUUGAUAAAACAUUAACAUUAAACUGCAGAUGCAAUUCAAGAGUACAUUCUCAGUCAUGACUGCAGUGUUUGGUUUACUGACAAUUUUGGUAACUGGAUGUUAUGCCUUGUAUCCAUCAAGUUCUGAGGUUGUUGAUUUAACUCCAGCGAAUUUCGAUCGUCUUGUCAUACAGAGCGAUGCCCUGUGGAUAGUUGAAUUUUAUGCACCAUGGUGUGGCCAUUGUCAACAAUUCGUUCCGGAAUAUUCGAAAGCAGCAACAGCUUUGAAGGGUGUUAUCAAAGUUGGAGCUGUAAAUGUUGAUGAACAUAAAUCACUUGGAGGACAGUAUGGUGUAAGAGGUUUCCCAACAGUUAAAAUCUUUGGUGCUGAUAAGAAUAAGCCAGAGGAUUACAAUGGACCCAGGACAGCACAAGGACUUGUGGAUGCUGGUUUUGAUGCAUUGAGAAACAAAGUAUCAGCACAGAUGUCUGGUAAAAAGAGUGGAGGCUCAAGUUCAGAUGGUAAAAAGGGUGAUCCAAAGGAUGUGAUAGAAUUGACAGAUUCAAAUUUUGAUUCCAUGGUUUUGAAUUCAGAAGACAUGUGGUUGGUGGAAUUUUAUGCACCAUGGUGUGGUCAUUGUAAGAACUUAGCCCCUCAUUGGGCCCAAGCAGCCAGUGAACUUAAAGGGAAGGUUAAACUUGGGGCUUUGGAUGCGACUGUCCAUACCAUUAAGUCCAACCAGUAUGGUGUUCAAGGCUACCCAACUAUUAAAUUCUUUCCCCCUGGAAAAAAGGAUGCCAGCUCUGCUGCUGAAUACAGUGGUGGACGUACAGGCAGUGAUAUUGUUAAUUGGGCAUUAGAGAAGCUAGCAGAGAAUGUACCUUCUCCAGAAAUCAAACAGAUCAUUAAUGAAGAUACUUUAAAAGAUGCAUGCGAGGAACAUCCACUCUGUGUUGUUUCUGUUCUGCCACAUAUCUUAGAUUGCCAGGCUGAUUGCCGCAAUGGCUACCUUGACAUUCUUCGCAAAAUGGGAGAGAAAUAUAAGAAGAAGAUGUGGGGGUGGGUGUGGGCAGAAGCUGGUCUGCAACCUGAAUUGGAAACAAUGUUGGAAAUUGGAGGGUUUGGCUACCCUGCUAUGGCUGUCAUGAACACAAGAAAGAUGAAGUACUCAAUACUAAGGGGGUCCUUUUCUAAUGACGGGAUCAAUGAGUUCCUUCGGGACCUAUCAUUUGGUCGAGGAUCCACAGCCCCAGUUAAAGGCGCAUCACUGCCAAAAAUCAAUCCUACAGAACCAUGGGAUGGCAAGGAUGGAGAAUUACCACCCGAAGAGGACAUUGAUCUCUCGGACAUUGUUCUAGAUGACAUUGACAGCAAGGAUGAAUUAUAAGAGAGUUACAGUGUUAAGUGUGUGUGUGUGUGCGUGUCUGUGUAAAACAUUAAACAACAGUGUAUGUGAACAUUGGUACAGUAGCAGUUGCUUGGAUUCAUCUGUCAUGGUCUGGAAAAUGAGUGAAUGGUAAACUUAAAAUAGAGGGAUCAAACAAAUAUUUAGUACAACAGCUUAAGUAUAAUUCAUUCUAACUGCCAUAAAGGAACAGGUGAUUAAAUGAAAUGUGAGUAAUGAUAGAUUUUUUCACCAUGAUUCUUUAGAGGCUCUUUAUUAUUCAUCUGAAUUUGAAUGAAUUAGCCAUACCAUGCCACAGUUAAAACGUGUGAACUCUAUGCAUAAAAGUAGCUUGGAGGCAUUUUUGUGGUGGUCAGGAAUUCCUGUAAUGUUGAUAAUAUUUGUUUAUAUCCAAUAAUAUGCUUAAUUUAAUUGUGAACUUCCAAUCUUCCAUUAUUGUAUUUCGUAAUUGUCUAAUGCAGGUGUCUACAUUUUUUAAAUGCAGUUGUUACAGAUGGA